UUGGCAACACUGCGCCACUCCGGUCCGGGCAGACGACAUUUCGAAGAAAAGAACGCCGCGUUUGUGAACAGUGAAUCCGAAUUUUUGGCUUGUUUCGUUUUAAUUUUCCGGGGAAAGCGUCGGGAUUGCAGUGGUUUCGACAGUGCGUGUUGUGUGUGAUCGACGGCGACCGGAAUGACCACCGACGGCGAAGGUAGUAAGAUCAAAAGUGAACGAAGCCGUAGCAGCCAGGACGAGGAUGACGCGUUCUCGAAUCAGAACAGCUGCAGCGGAACGCCCGUAAAGGAAUCGGGAAGGUCCCGUGCCGCCAGGGCGAAGCCGCUGUUCGAAAAGGACCGGACCCGGUUUUGGCAGGAUUUGUAUGCGUUCCACGAGAGGAAUGGGACUCCAUUUAUGCGUCCGCCGAAAAUCGGCGGUCGGGAUGUCGAUUUGCACCGGUUGUAUUCGGUGGUGAUUGCACGGGGCGGAUGGUUGAAGGUGAAUUCCCGGGAGGAUUGGGACGAGGUGAUCGAGGAGCUGAAACUGCCGAAGCGUUGCGUCAACAACGAAAUCGCACUGAAGCAGAUCUACAUCCGGUAUCUGGAUAAGUAUGAAAGGAUAAACUUCCACGGGGAGGAAAAAGAUCCGGCCGAGGAGGAAGAUGAGGAAAAGCGGCACAACCGGAGAUGGACGGCUCGGAUGUUGCACUCGGUUCCAUCGGUGUAUAAUCAUGGGCAGCACAAUGUUCCGGAACCGCUCCGGGCAUCUCUUGGGUUGUCCUGCGAUCUGUACCAACCAACGGAGUACGAUAAGCUGAUUUUAUCGCUGCUGUCGCCGCUGCCUAAUGAGCAGGAUUUUGCUAUUAACGUGUGCACCCUGAUGUCCAACGAGAGUAAGCACACCCUGAAGGUGGACAAGUGUCCGAAGCUGAUAGAUGUCUUGCUAGCUCACGGAGGUGUCUUCAAUCAUUUUACGCUUCGGGAUAUGUUCGACGAGUACUACGGUAAUAUUAGGAAGAAUUCGUUGCAUCGUUUCUGGAAAGAUUGCCUGUACGAGAAACCACAGGUCUUGGAGUUGUCCUACCAGGAUUACUUCCAGAAGGUUGAAAGGGAUCCAACGGAGUUGAUCAAAAGCAUUUAUACACCGGAUCUGAAUAAAAACAUUGACGACGACGAAGAAUGCGGAAAGCUCAACAUGGCCACAUUGAGGACGUUUCUCAGUCUGGGUCCCGGAUUGGGAACCAACGACUAUAUCGGCCAAAGAGUCUAUCAGAUCGCAUCGAUAUUCAGGAAUCUCAGUUUUAAUGAAGAAAACAUGGCGGCGUUGGCAUCCAACAGGCAAUUCCUCCGGUUCCUGGUAAUGUGUGCUAACAGCCGAUGGGGAAACCUGUGCCACAUGGGUCUGGAUAUGCUGGGCAAUGUGGCAACCGAAAUCGAAAUCAACGACCCCCAAAUGGACGAAGUAACUCGAUGCUUGGUGUCAACCAUUUCCGAAGGUCUGGAAGGGGUAGAUCGAGGAGUCAUACUCGGUUGCUUGGAAGUACUCAGCAAAAUUGCCCAGAAGGAGAGCAACGAAGAUAAUCUCAAUCGAUGCUUGAACCAGACUGUCUACGAACAGAUUUGUCUGUUCCUAUCGCUAAACGACAUCAUGCUUCUGAUCUACACCCUGGAGUGCAUUUAUUCGCUCACCUCGAUCGGUGAAAAACCGUGCAAUGCUCUGAUGCAUGUCACCGGUAUCAUAGACACCCUGGUCUCGUUGGUGUCCGUCGAAGCCCAAAGCUACGGUCCCGAUGCGUGCAUUCUGAUGAGAGUCGUCGAAACCAUUCCAGGAAACAUGGCCGGUGUCUACCCAGGUAACCAUUACCAAAGUACCGUUCCGGUCAACCACCCUCCGGCGCCAACCAUGGCCCAACUAACGGUCCACAGCAAGGAACAACCAUCUAUUCCGGUGCCAACCAUUCCUGCCCUUCCGGAAAUCACCAAAACACCUCCCUCUUCUAAACCAGCAUCGCCGGCACCAAUCCCAUCUAACCCCUCAACCAUGCCUGCACCGGCCACUCCAACAGCACCCACACCCAUUCAGGUCACUAGCGUUACUCGCCCUCCCAGUUCCCAAUCGCCCCAAAUACCCGUCAACAUAAUCAGCCGGAAUGACCCCCAUACCCCAACCACCCCUAAAAACCAACAACCACCACCUCAAACCCCUCCCCCAACCACCCCACCCUCUGUCUCGGCAGGCCCCAUAACGGUGGCGGCCAAACACGCCCAGCAGCAGCAAUCCCAGGAGAACGAACAGUUCGCCUACGCCUGGCUCAAGGCCACCUUCGAAACCACCCCGUCCCUCGCCAGCAAGAUCGAACAGUCCGAAGUGUACAAGCUCUACCUGGCAGCUAAUGCGAAAAUUGGCCGCAAAGCCGUCGUUCCGCAGGUCCAUUUGCCCCGGUGUAUGCGGACCGUGUUCGGCGGAACCGUUGGGCCCACGCUGAUCAAAACCACUGACGCGAAGGGAAUCGAAAGCAGUUGCUACUUUUACGAGGGGAUCAAACUGCGGCCCAAACCGCCCCCGACGCCGAACGGAGGAACGGGGGCGGCCCCGAAGGGAGGACUAUCGGCGUUGAUGCCACAGUCCGACAAAACACUUGUGCAACCCAAACUAGCCGGCGGAGGACCAAUAUCAGGCAAGGGAGGGGCUGCGGGCAAGCCCGUCUAUAUGACGCAAUUGACCAACAAGAGUGUGGUAAUGAAUCCUGCGAAUGACUCCCAAGGAACAUCUCAGUUGUCCGGCGAUCCGAAAGGCAACGUCAUCGUGGUCAAUCAAACGACCAUUUCACCGCAGCCUCUAGGUACGGUGGUCCAGGCGCCGCAACCGCCCCAGCAGGCCACCGGAACCACCACCAUCAUGAACCAGUCCGGUACGAUCUCGUCGACGACGACCAACCCGUCGGCCCUAAUCAAGAGCCUGCUGGCCAACAAGGUAACAACGGUCACGAGUAACGAUUCGGCCGCCACCAGCUCCACCGGCGGCAUCGUCGUGUCGUCUACCUCUUCUACUGCUACCAGUAGUUUGUCGUCUACUACCACAAGCAACACUAGUAUCAAUCCUUCUACUCCUGCCACUAGCCAAUGUUUGAUUGCAUCGAAUGUUAACGUGCAUCAGGUCGCUCAACGUCAGCAAAUGUUGAAGCAAAAGCAAAUGAAAUCACCUUCGCCAGUAGCCAGUCCUCCCCCCAACAGCUCCGUGGUGGUCACAUCGAACAAUCCCAACAAUUUAACCAACAUCAAGGUGGGUAAUUCUACAAUCUCGAUAAAGCCUGGCACACUGCCCACGAACACGGUCAUUACGACUACUAAUCCCCAUGAGAUGAAUCCACCCCCACUGGCACCGUUGAGUCAGAAUCCGAACGCAAUGAUGAAACCUUUGGCGGGUAAUAAGAUGCUGGCCGACCUGUUGGAUAAGAAAACAAAUGAUCCUCCGGUGUUUGCCAUUGGAGAGACUACCGUGAAACGUAAAAGUGAUGUAGAUGCGACGGAACCUCCAGCAAAGAAGUUGGAUUUCAGUGAGACGGAGGAGAUCAAGGUAACUCCGAAGGCUGCCGAUUUGUACGCUGAGCUGGCUGGAUCUAUCUUGGAAGAUGAAGAUAUGGAAGAUAUCGAAAUGAAGCCCAAAGAAGAGCCAAAGAUAAACGUACAGCCGGCUCCAGCACAGCAAGUGAUCACUAUGCCAAUGCAGCGACAAAUCAUCGUAGCUCCCAACAAUCCGCAAUCGAUGAUGCUUUCACCCGGUAGUUCCGGUCAACAUCUGACCGCUCAAACAACUGCCACCAUAAAAACUGACAGUGGCUAUCAGACAGUUCCGAUUCUUUUACAACACAAUCAGAAUCAAAUUCAAAUUCAGAAAACGGCUCCCGUAAUGACACCCACGGUCAUCUCAAACCCUCAGCAAACCACACAAUACAUCCUGGCCACCAAUCAACAGGGUCAAACCUACGUGGUUGCUCAGCAGCCGCAACCGCAACCUCAGAUGCAACAAACCGUCCUGCUAACCCAAAACCCUCAAACCGGAGCCCAACAGAAGACCAUCAUUAUUUUGCAACAGCAACCGACGCAACAGGCCGGUUCGCAGCAAAUUCAAACUCAGCAAAUUUCCGCACAACCUCAACAGCACGCCCCGCAGAAAGUGUUCGUCAAUCAACAAGGGCAACAGAUCAUUAUGACCCAGGUUCCGCGUCAGGUGCAGCAUCAGGGUAAUACAAUCACCAUCGAUGGUUCAUCGCAACAAAUUAUUAAAACCAGUCAACAGCCAACGCAGAUAAUUCAACAACAAGCGCAUCCUCAGAUACAGCAAAUUAUACAACCAGGUGGCGGGCAGACAUUCCAAAUCAUCCAGCAACCAGCCCAGCAAACCACGACUCAGCCUACACAACAAAUUGUAAUUCAAUCGCAACCUCCACAACCCCAACAACAGCAGAUUGUUAUACAACAACAGCCUUCUCAGCAAAUGCAACCACAAAUAAUCUCCCAGCAAAUUAUACAACCAGCAACGCAACAACAACCACAGGUAGUUCAGAAAAUAAUUCAACAAAAACUCGUGCACGCACCCUCUCAACAACAGCAGCAGCCGCAAAAAAUAACGGUUCAAAAGCAACCCGUCUCUCACAGCCCUGGCACCAUAACAGUCACUAAACAAACAGCAACUAAAUCGUCUCCACAGGUCGGCCAACUCCCCACGAAAACCAUCAUCGUUCAGCAACAACCGGCGACAGCCGGCGGAACACCCCAAAAACAAAUCAUCCAAGUUCUUCAGCAAAAAAUAUCAUCUCCGGCAGCAUCGCAGUCACCUGUUCUACAAAAAACGCAGAUAGUCCAUGCACCCGGAACACAUCCGGGUAAACAAACAGUUGCACAGUCUCAAUCUUCGGUUGGGUCCCACACUACUUCAGUAACUAGCAAGACAGCCACCCAGACAUCAGACUCAUCCAAGUUCGCCACAAAACCGGUUGUUGCGCCAUCGACAGAAGCAUCGACCGUUUCUUCGAGACCUUCUACCCCGGCACCUGUCAUACAGGCCAAACCUGCAGCUAUGACCACCGCCACACCAACGGCCACGUCAUCAGCAACACCUACAACGUCCACAGCUGGCCAACCGACAGCGUCGGUCCCCGUAGCCGGUUCCAACAGCACCAUCCAGAUGAUUCCGGCUAUGGACCCGUCCAAGGCCAUCGACGAGGACGUAGACCCGAGCUGGCCGUGGGUGUGCGACUGGCGUGGCUGUCCCCGGAAGAAGUACGCAUCGGCCAACGAGGUGUACAUCCACGCCUGUGCCGUUCACUGUCCGGAUACGAUCGACUCGGCGGCCGAUAUCUACUGUCAAUGGGGCCCUGGGCCGAACUUGUGUGACAACCUCCCGCGGAAACGGUUCUCGCUGAUGACGCACAUCUUCGAUCGGCACUGCACUAGCGAUGCUUUCAAGCAGGCCGUACAGCGACGUUUGUCGAACACUUCUACAUCCACUACCCAACAAGCAUACCCCGUGACCUUGGUCCGACAACCGACCACCACCAGCAGCAGCAACAACAGCAAUAGUAGUGCACCGGGAUCGUCGGCAUCGUCAACGACAUCGGAAUCGUCGGCCUCUAGCUCGCCAGCGUUACCUGCGGCUCCGCAGCCACAAGGUCCCGGAGUUUUGUCGUCUGCAGGGCCCGCUGCACUGCAUGCCAUCAAAAGACAUGCAAUCGAUUGGAUUAACGCUAAGGAAUUUCAGGACGACAUUGAAGGACCGGUAACGAAAAGUAUUCGGCUAACUUCGGCACUGAUUUUACGUAAUCUGGUUGUUUAUAGCAACUCUGCGAGAAGAGCUCUACGGGCAUAUGAGCCUCACCUGGCGGGAGUUGCAAUGAACAAUGUCGAAUCGAGUCGCACCAUUUCCCAGGUAUUAUUCGAAAUGAACGAUGCGCAACCGAAUUAUUAAUAUGGGUUGAUGCAGAUUGAAUCGUGACAUUAAAAUAUACAUAACCUAAAAGUUUUAUCUGUUAUGAUCUAAGAUUCGCACAUUUUUUCCAAUAAAGCAUUUAAAAAG